CAUCAAACACACCGGAAAAUCUGACCCCUUUUUUCAGUAAUCCGACCAGCAACAUGAGUCAACAACAGCCACGCCGGCCUCAAGAAACACAACGGCGGCAACAAGAGCCGAUCAAGUACGGCGACGUAUUCCAAGUCUCCGGCGACCUCGCCGGCCAGCCCAUCACCCCGCAAGACGCCGCCAUGAUGCAGACGGCUGAAGCCUCCGUGUUUGGACAGGUCCCAAGUGGCGGUCCCGCGGCGGUCAUGCAGGCAGCGGCUGCGAUGAACGAGAGAGCCGGGGUCGUUGGCCGCGACGAUGCGACGGAUGUGGCCCGCGACAGAGGGGUUGCGGUUUCGGCCACAGACACAGAGUAUCCUGGUACCUGGGUUGUCACUGAGUCAGUUGGGGGACAGGUCUUGGGACAAGUGUAUCAGUACACAGAAGUACAGGCAACAACCGCCGGAGCGGCGGUGGUCCAGGCUCAAAUAACCAUAGGGGAAGCACUCGAGGCCGCUAUAGCUACAGCCGGAAACAAGCCCGUGGACCAGAGCGAUGCUGCUGCGGUUCAGGCCGCGGAGGUUAGGGCAACUGGCUCCAACGUUAUAGCUCCCGGUGGAGUUGGAGCCACGGCCCAAUCCGCUGCGGCUUUCAAUGCCGGGUUGGAUCGCGACGAGGACAAAAUCAAGCUCGUUGAUGUGCUCACUGGUGCAACCGCGAGGUUGCCGGCGGAUAAGGUAGCGACAAGGGAUGAUGCGGAAGGAGUGGUAACCGCGGAGCUGAGGAACAACCCCAACUUGACCACAAAUCCAGGAGGGGUGGCCACGUCCAUGACGGCGGCUGCUAGGCUUAACGAGGGUGCUACUAGUACUUGAGGUGGAUGUUUUAAUUAGCACAAGAAUGCUGUAUAUACUUAUAUAUGUGUGACAUAAGUAGGUAAUACUAUGUUUUGCCAUCUUGGAGCAUAUAAAGUAAAAUCAUGUACUUUUGCUCCUUCUGGAUGUUUGGUUUCCCACCUGAAAUCGUCUUAGCAAGUGGGAUGGUAGUUCGGGUCUCUGUCUUUUUAAGAUGUGUAAAUAUUAACAAAGGCCUAA